AUGGGGGUCGAUCAUUGGGCACGGUCAUAUUUUCCAGGACGUCGAUACAACAUGAUGACAUCGAAUAAUAAUUGCACAAGUGUGCUAGCUCCGACACAGGAAGAUCGACUAUUCAAAACUUUGGAAGUGGCAAAAGCUUUAUUUGUGGAACCACUAGAUCAAUUUCGCUUCUCCGUGAGAUGUGGGCGUAAUGUUGGAUACAUUGUAGACUUGAAUGACAAUACCUGCACGUGUAGACAAUUUCAGUUGGAGAGUUUUCCACGUGCGCAUGCUGUCGCAGUGGCUAUGUAUAGAGGAUUUCCACCACACAGCUUAUGCAGUCAUUAUUGCAUGGCUGAUUUUUGGAGAGCAGCGUAUGCCAAAACUAUAUUUCCUCUACCAAAUGAAGCCGAGUGGGAAGUUCCUAAUUAUAUUGUAGCAUUUAAUAAUUUGUUGCCACCGAAGUUCGAAGGCGUACUCCUGGUCGUAGACUGA